UGGACCCCGUUACACCUCGCUGCGCUAUUAGCAAGCCCACCUUUGGUCUCUUUCCUCCUAACUCGGGGAUGUAAUCCUUCAUGGACGACCAGCAAAGGCCUAACGGCUCUCGAUAUAGUUGAAGGCAUGCCAGGACGGGAAGACGUUACCGAUCUCCUUAACGGAGAGCCGAAUGAGCCUGAUCAUGGGGAUACCGCACUUCGGGAUAGACGAUUACGAGCUCUGGAACGGAAUCGACGGUUGAAGCGGGCUGCUCGGGAGAGGAAAGCGCAGAGGGAUAGGAAGAAGGCGGAAGACGAACAGGUGGAUCUGGGAGUGAGGAUGAGGCUUUUGAACAUGGGGAUGGGAGAGGAUGAGGCGGCUUACUUGAUGAGGGAUUAUGAGACCAGGUGGACACGGGACGACGUGCAGCUUCGGAGGUUCAAGAGCAUCGACGAAGCGUCCUUCAUUGCGGGAGAUUCCACCCAAAUCGAAAUCAUCCUGGACGUCAUCAUCUCCAACUAUGCACCGCAAUGCUAUCCGCUGGUCAAACGGACCUUGCCGGCCAACGUCAUCUACCUCCUAGCACGGUACGCUGCGUAUCGAUGUCAGGAUCAGGAGGAUCUUUUGCACUGCGUGCUAGAGGGAGCGAGUAUUGCCAUCGAGGAGGUCUCGCAUAGCGGGGCCGAUUCGUUGCCGAUGCUGGCAUUCUGGACCUACAACAUUACGAUCUUGAUCCACCUUAUCCAAUCGGAUCCGGGGUUGCUGAGUGUCUGCGAGCAAAGGGGGUUACUGGAAAUGCUGCGCGAGAUGCUGAAUUCCAUGCAGGUACACAUCACUCGUUGCACGGAAGGCAAAAUGCACCGGAUCCUGGAAGCGUCCAUGCUCGAUUGCGAAACCAUCGAGGAGGAUGUGCAGUUCGAUGACGAAUGGUCCAUAUUCAAGAGCAUUACCGGACGGAAAAAGCAGCAGAGGGUCAGCGCGCCUCACGUGGCGAGUUUGUUCAAUACUACGCCGGGAUCGCCUACGACACCUAUGGGAUUCAUGCAAUCCUCACCCGCAGGCAGGAGCGGCAAUCGAUCGUCGCUACAGGUCGACACGCGAGCGGAUCAAUUUGCAACAGGCACUCCCUCAAGAGCUGGACGUCAAGCUGCCUCGAUGUUCAUGGCCGAGAAUGUCGAGUCACCCUCAACGAUGAUCGAUAUCCUCUCGGGCACCCUGCUCGUGCUCGAGCUAUACGAGAUUAACCCUGCGCUGAUCAUUCAGAUCUUCUCGCAACUCCUGUGCUGGAUGGCAGCGGAGAUGUUCAAUGGCAUCAUGACGGGUGGCAAGAAGUACCUCAGUCGGAGCAAAGCCCUGCAGAUCAAGAUGAAUCUGGAACUGAUCGCAGAAUGGGUCAAAGCCAGUUCUUUGCCAUCGUCGCUCUAUACCAAGCAUUUUGAACGAAUCUUGCAGCUCUUGCAGUGGCUACAAUGCUCAUCGCAAUUGUCAGACUUUGACAUGCUGGUGGCUACGGUCCCGCAACUACAGUCUCUGAAUCCUCUACAGCUGAGGAGGGCAGUCAAGGACUAUCGCCACGAAGUCAACGAGCCGAGGAUGAGCGAGGAAUGUUCCCAGUACCUCCAACAACUUGUACGCGAUUGGGACAGGAAACGCGUCAAAGAGGGGGUUGAGGGAAUCCAACGUGAAGUCUCGCAGCGUCAAGUGUCCCGGACGGUUUCGCCAGGGGGAUCGCUAGACGAAAAACAAUCACGUCUGGUCGCCAACCUGGACAGCCUUUUCGAUGUCGAUAUCGGUCUUUCUGAGUAUCGCCCUUCUGUGCCUAAACCAAGCACUACCGACCUUGAAGACAGUCGCUUCAAUAUACCAUUCGCCAUUCCCUCCCAGCAAUUCCUCGCUGCCGUUCCAACGGCAACCAAGAAUAUGAACCUCCUGGCUGGUCAUUCAGGGCAGACCCGACUGGACGGUCGACCGUCUUCGCCUGCGAGCUAUUCAUCGUCACGACCUAUGGGCUAUAACAUCAGGAGCACUAAGCAGUUGCAAAAGCGACCUGGCGACUUUGUGGAAUGGCUCACGCUGAAUCAACGCGCUGCCAAUCUCAGAUUGAAUCAGAUGGAGUCUGCCCAUCGAUCGCCCCGCGCUCCGCUCGCAUCAAUCGAAAUCAACGGACAGGCUCGGAUGGAACAAACUCCUGAGCGACCGGCGAAUGUCAACAAAUUGCUCAACAGGACCUCUUGUGAGUGA